AUGGACGCUCAAGCCUAUCUUAUGCGGCACGGCUGGUCCGGCCCCGGUAACCCAUUGAACCCAAACCAACGUCCUGGCCCUCACGGUGGCCUCGGCCUGACGAGGCCGAUUCUCGUUGCGCGCAAGCAGAACAAUCACGGUGUUGGAAAAAAGACCACCAAGGACCCUACAAACCAGUGGUGGCUCCGUGGAUUCGAAGAUGCCCUGAAAGGAGUGGGCGACGACAGUUAUGAAGCCACAUCCGCGCGAUCGAAUAACGCCUUGACAAGCGAGUUGUAUCGACACUUCGUGCGGGGAUCAGGUCUAGCCGGAACAAUCAAUGAAAAGAAAACGACCGAGGCCAAAAUCGCGGAGCCAAACGAAAAAUCCAAGUCGAAGUCCAAGCGAAAGCGCGAGUCUGACGAGGACGACUCCGACCGCCGCGCGAGAAAGGAAGAGAAAGCUGCGCGCAAAGAGGAAAAGCGCAAGCGACGGAAGGUUGAUGGGGAUACGAUAGAGUCGAGCGAGACAUCUGGAUCGGAGAAGCGGAAGGAGAGCAAAGAGGAGCGUCGGGCUAGACGCAAGGCCAAAAAGGAAGCGAGGGCGAUUCGCAAGGAAUUGAAGAAAUCCAAGAAGCUCAAACGAUCGGCUCCCGAAGAAGAUUAUCCGACACCUCUAUCUACAGCAGACACCACAGAAACAGACGAAGCGCCUUCAAAAUCACAAAAGAAAGAGGAAAAGCGGGAGCGAAAGGAGUCCAAGAAAGAAGGUCGGGAUUCUGACUCGAAAAAGGAGAAGAAGGACAAGAAGGACAAGAAAGAAAAGAGAGAAAAGAAGUCGUCAACUACAGCUUGA